AUGGCACCCGACGAGUCGAAAGAUGAACGUGACUUGCGAGUCGCGAAACUUUGGGAACGACUGGGGGUCCCUAGAGACGGUCGCUUGGAUUUCAAUGGGUUGAAGAAGGGGCUGAAGAAGAUCGACCACCCCCUCAAAAAUGCGGACAGUAUGCUACGGAAUGUCAUGAAAACCGUCGAUACCAAUGGCGAUGGGUAUAUCGAUUACUCAGAAUUCCGGGCCUUCGUCGACCAUACUGAACAUGGGUUAUGGCACCUUUUCCAGAGUAUUGAUCGCAAUCGCAACGGCGAAAUUGACAAAAACGAAUUGAAGUCCGCCUUUGCGAACGCGGACGUGACCGUGUCCAACGCCAAACUAGAUGAAUUCUUCGCAGACGUCGAUACGAAUAAAGAUGGUGUCAUUUCGUACGCUGAGUGGAGGGACUUCCUCCUUUUAUUACCUGCCUACUCGUCCUCGAACCUGCACGCUGUUCUUUCAUACUACACGGCCACGGGCAAUCUAAACCCGGAAGGAGAUGUCCACAUCAAUGAUCUACAGGGUUUAGGUACAGACCACACGUUUCCUAGCCGUUAUAUUUUGGCCAUAAAGAACCUUUUGUACUAUAUUUUCCCAGUGCACGCCUUGGCAACUCUCAUCCCAUCGGCUUAUGCGGAAGUCGGCGGGGUGUCUACUCCCGGCCCUGCGUUUGACCAUGCUUCUGGCCCCUUAGACGGCGACUUCGAAUUGGAGUGGCUGCCUAUACCCAGGACUGUCGCCAUGUGGAUGUCCUUCCGAUAUUAUGAGCGAAAGUUGACAGAAAACACUCCUCAAUUAGGUUAUUUUCUUGCAGGCGGGAUUGCUGGCGCCGUAUCACGAACAGCAACCGCGCCCUUGGACCGAUUAAAAGUCUAUCUCAUUGCACAAACCGGUGUGCAAACGGCUGCUGUUCGUGCGGCCAAGGAUGGUGCGCCGCUGAAGGCGGCGGGAACCGCGUCAAAAACGCUCACCGACGCGGUCAAGGAGUUGUGGCGCGCAGGAGGUAUUCGGAGUCUCUUCGCAGGAAAUGGAUUGAACGUGUUGAAAGUCAUGCCCGAGUCGGCCAUCAAGUUCGGCGCUUAUGAAUCUGCCAAACGCGCCUUUGCCCGCCUUGAAGGCCACGGUGAUACCAAACGUCUUGCGCCGACGUCGCAGUUCCUAUCCGGAGGGUGCGGUGGAAUGGUUGCCCAAUGCUUUGUUUACCCACUUGAUACUCUGAAGUUUCGAAUGCAGUGCGAGACGGUCGAAGGCGGCCUCAAAGGCAAUCAACUUAUUGCAGCCACAGCGCGCAAAGUCGUGAAUAAACAUGGCCCAUUCGGCUUUUUCCGUGGCCUGCCGCUCGGACUUUUUGGCAUGUUUCCAUAUGCUGCGAUCGACUUGACUACGUUCGAAUACCUGAAACGCGGCUUACUUGCGCGCAAAGCUCGCAUGCACCACUGCCAUGAAGACGACGUCCCUUUGAAUAAUUUUACUACCGGAGCUAUUGGUGCGCUUAGUGGAGGAUUGAGUGCUUCUGUCGUCUAUCCGCUCAACGUUCUCCGGACUCGAAUGCAGGCUCAAGGCACCAUUCUCCAUCCUCAAACUUACAACAGCAUUAGCGAAGUUGCCCGCAAGACGAUUCAAGCCGAGGGCUUCCGUGGAUUCUACAAAGGACUGACGCCGAACCUUCUCAAGGUUGCGCCCGCGGUUUCCAUCAGCUACGUUGUAUACGAGAACGCCAAACGAAUGCUUGGUUUGCGAUAA